AACUUUUUGGAGCCUGCCCACCAUGGCCCAACUCAGUAUUGUGUCAACCCAUUGUGCCAAAGGGGAAGAUGUUGUUCUGCAUAUCCGCAAUAAGCCUCCUGAGGUUUUAGUCCUCGUGUGGUACAGGGGGAAUGGCGUGAACAAAAAUAAUGUAAUUGCAUUUUCUGUUAUGACAUUAAGUUUCCAUUUAACUGGUCCUGAAAACAAUGGACAAGAGAUUAUAACCUAUGAUGGAUCCUUGUUGUUGAAGAAGGUCACCAUGAAGGACGCAGGAACAUACACUGUAGUGGCCCACCUUCCAGAUUCAAAAAAAGAAAUAGCAUUUGGGCAACUUGAUGUAUAUGGGCAUGUGAGAGCACCCACCCUACUAGCCAGCAACACCACAGUCACAGAGAAUAAGGAUGCUGUGGUCAUGAGCUGCUACACAAAUGCGAAUUCCACCCAGUGGUUGGUCAAUGGAACACAAUUGCAGUUCACAGAGCGUAUGAAGCUGUCCAAGGAAAAUCAAAUACUCACCAUAGACCCCGUCAAGAGGGAAGAUGCUGGGAAUUACCAGUGCGAAGUCUCUAACCCUGUUGGUUCUGCUGCAAGUGUGCCCCUUGAACUGAAUGUAAAAUUUGAGUGAC